AUGAAACUCUACACCCUCGCAGCCACAACUCUCCUCCUCCUCACACCAUCUCUAGCCUGCGACUUCCUCGAUAUCGGAAGGGAUUGCACCUGGGAAGGAAGCUGGCCGCUCUGCGGUACCACAGAUGACCACAUCGGGAUCAGGAUUGAUGGCCGGACAAUGGUCGAAUGGACCCGGGAUAAAGAUUGGAAAGAUCUUUGCAAGAAUGGGAAGGGGGAUUGUUGUAGUGAUUAUGGACAUAGUUGUGUUUCUGGGUAUAAACGGCUCUGGUGCAAGCAUUAUACUGGUCCUGAUCCGGUUGAUGUUGCGGAUGAUGUGUUGAAUAGGGUGUUGCCGGCUGUUCUUCCUUAG